AUGAGAAACGUGUAUACAUUUUCGUUCUUCUUCGUUAACGUUGCAGAAGUUCCAAAGUCCGCGGAAACCGCGACAGUCGGUGGCGACAGCAGCACUCAGCAUUCGGCCGCCAGUACGACCGAGGCAGCCGAGGCAGAAGAAGGGAGCCACGAUCGCACGGCCAAGGAUCGCGCCGAGCAGAACGCAGCCGAGCGCGACGAGGAAGACGACGACGAGGAGGACGAGGACGAUAAGGGCAAAGCGGAGGAAGCCGCGAUAAGGAUACAGGCGGCCUUUCGCGGUCAUCAGACGCGCAAGACCAUCCAGGUUCAGAAACGCGACGACGACUGCAAUAAUUUGCAGCAUAUCACGAGAGACGUGGAGUCGUCAAGCAACACGGAACCGACGAGAGAAGAGCUCGAGGCCGAGUUCCGCGAGGACGACAAGGAUCUGCUGAAAGCAGCGACUAAGAUCCAAGCGACUUUCCGCGGACAGAUGUCGAGAAAAAUCGAUCAGGCGGCCGGCGCGGCCAAGGAGCUCGUCGGCAGCGCGGCUAGCAAAGUCGAGGAAAAGGUCACGGAUACGGUGAACGAGCUCGAGGGCAUAGAUCUGUCGGAUCCGGAUCUUCACAAAGCCGCGACGAAGAUCCAGGCGAGUUUCCGGGGUCACAAGGUACGCCAGGAGGUCGUACCAAAUCCGGAUGAAAAAAAAUAAAGGAACGAUGCCCGACAACAACAGCAACAGCAGCAACAACAGCAACAGCAACUACAACAACAACAACAACAGUAACCAGCAGCAACAAUAAAAAAAAAAUAAGCAGAGGCAGGCAGUGAAUAUGUAAUACAAAGAAUUUGAUCAUUGAGACGGGAUGCUGGCAAUAUAUAUAUGUCCGCGUAAUACUUUAUGUGUCCACUCCCUUUUUUUCAUUUCUCUCGACGCGUUGACGGUAUUCGAUCAAAUAAAAGCAAAAAGAAACGAGACAAUGUUGUCGACAAAUAUUUUAUGCGGCGAGUGUAUCACCUUUCAGGCAAAUGGAAACAUUAAUUUUAGAUUUUUUGAUUUUAAAUAACUUAUAAUCACGAAGAAAAAAAACAUGCAAAAUUGUCGAUACCUCUGUACGUUAUCAAUUUUUUUUCAAAGAAAAAAAUCCAUUUGCUCGUAUAUAUAUCGCGUGACAUCACAGUUACUCGUCUCGCAAAACAACCUCAAAUGCAAAAAAAAUAAUAAAAGCUCUUAUUACUACACACGAUGCAAAUAUCUUAUAUGAUUAUACAUAAAAAAAAUAUACGAUAAUAAAUUUAACAAAAAUCGAAAAAAAAAUGAAUAAAAAAAUAACUAUAAUGGCGAUGUGUCUCGCUUCGAUUCCAUAUACGCCAAAUGGGAACAAACUAUCCUCCUGCAUCUCUCCUGAUAUUUUUCACGUCGUUGUAUGUUCCCUAAAUAAUAUACAUUCCACUCGCUGUAGCUCCAUUCCUCAAAAUAUAUAUUAUAUGUAUGUGUAACUGCGUAUUAUAUACAUGGGUCCUUGCUAGGAGAGGUAAAGUCGACAAGAAGAGUGAAAUAAGAAAAACGAUGAGAAAGUAUGCGAGAGAACCAGCGAAACGACAGAGGCAUCUUCGCUCUCGCGUCGCGGGGGCGAGGGUCGUGAAACAAAAAAUUUGCGAAAUGCUUUUAUUAUGCAUAUUAUACACUCCGAAGUUAGAUAUCGAAUGUGUAUACGACACACAACUGUAUUUUCGGUUUUAAAUGUUACACCCUGUUUAUUGAAUACAUAAGAUAUACAUUUAGAUUCAAGAUAAAUUGUCAUGAUUUAUCACUCGUUCCUAUAUUACCAUUGUGAAACUUAUACAAAUAUUAAAUUCUAGUUCGAAAUAAACGAUGUGAAAUUUGCGAUAUAUUAUACAAAGUACCGGUAAUUGACGCGAGCAGACGUUAAAAAUUGAGGCGAAAGUGUAGGAGAAGAACUCAACUGAAUUAGAUGACGAGGUGAAAAAAAUUGUAAUGAAUCGGCAAAUUUUUCAAUCAACCAUCACGCGUGCGUGGCAUCCUCAAUUUUUGCAUCUGCUCGCGCCAAUGGCUUACAAUUGUGUGUGAAAUUGUCAUUGAUUUUAUAAAAUGAUUCUACCAAUAGUUAAUUAAAAUCUAUUGUUAUUUGUCAUAUAUUUUAGGUGAUGUAUAAAAAAA